CGUAUCAGGUGACCGGCGGUGUUGUCAGGGACGCUCUGCUCAAACGACAUGCGACUUACGAGCGCGAGUGAAGUUAGUUCAGAUUUAAAUCACGAUACCGGUAUUUCCCCCAAAAUGGCAGAUGAUAGUUCAAAUCAACAAGUUCUUCUUUCAGUUGAAGCUGAGGCGUACGUUGAAGCAAUCGAAACAUUCCGUGUCCAGGAUAUAGGCAGCACCAAAUGGAUGAAACAACAUGAGUAUUUGGAAAAACUCAACAUUCAAGCUGUGCUGCAUGCUUCGAGCAACCAAGAUGAAUUUGUCAAAGAGAUGCUUUUAUCCCAUGAAAAGAUACCUGUUGUGAUCCAAGAACUACUCGCUCUUGAAGUUUGGAAGCAGAACGUCUUUUCUAUCAUUCAGAGAAUGGACUUUGAACCCAAGACGACCUUUCCUCUUUACAUGGCUUUGUACCACGAGGCUACACUUUCAAACUUGUUGGAAACGAUUCUCUUUCAUAAGGAGCCUUGUGAAGCUGCUGAAGACUGCGUAUUAGAUCUUGUCGAUUACUGUCAUCGGAAAAUCACUGAUCUUGUUGCAAGGCAAGAAGAGAAUCAGGACGAAGAAGAAGCAGAGCUUCCUAAGGAUGGCAAAUCUAUUGAUGAAUCAUCAGCCAUGGAGGAGCUGAAGAAGCAGCAGCAAAAAAUCCAAUUUGAUGUAAGCAUCAAGGCCAUCUCCAUAUUCAGAUAUAUCACUGACCAUCUAUCCAGUCUUUCACUGAGUGUGACGACCAGAAUCCUCAACACCUUGGAUAUACCCAGUCUCUUGGUCCAGCUCGUUGAUGAUCCACCUUGGACUAAGUACAAGGAUGGGAAGUUGUCUAAGUACAUCGACAACAAAUGGCAAGAAGUAGCCCCUGCUGACCGGCUUCAGUUGACCAGGCUGGAGGGACAGGUCUGGAUUGCUCUCUUCAACCUCCUCAUGGGACCAGAUUGUCAACAGAAAUACGCAUUCAAUCCACACAACAAGGCCCAAAUACUCAAGCUACGAUCACAUCUAACCGAAGUGCUGGUAGAUCAGAUCCCUAACCUGUGUGAGCUCCAGCGUUACCUUAGCAACCUGUCCAUGAUGGACCCACCUGCUGCUCAGACAGGCAUAGUGUUAGAACAGGUGCCUGAGAUUCAAGAGAGGAUACUAAAAGAGAAUGAAGGCAAGUGGAAGGCCAUCGCUAAGCAUCAAGUCAAGAACUUCUUUAAUUCCUCUGCAGAGUCCAUGCGGGACCAGGCAAAAAUGUUUGCAGACAUGUAUAACUUUGACGUCCUUGAGUCCUUGAUAGCGGAGCCGCCAAAGUGUGCCCUCUGUGGUUCACCCGCUGCCAAGAGAUGUUCACGAUGUCAGAACGAAUGGUAUUGCAGGAGGGAGUGUCAGGUGACGCACUACAGCAAACACAAGAUCGCAUGCAAUCUCAUGGUGGAGGCUGAACAGAAACUCAAAGAAGCUUCAUUAAACAGCUAGCAUGAAUAUAACAAGCAUCAUGAUGGACAACUUAAAUCCUUUGACUACUGACUCCUUUCAUUCCCAUUGGCUUAGUAAUGAGCAACGCGGUUCCAGUAUCAUGUAAAGGGGUAACUUGGAAUAGUGUGCCGGCAUGGACCGUCUUCCUUGUAGAGUGCAUAUAUUGCAAGAUACUAAACUGAACAGUUUAAUGCACUUUGACUGCUGUUGGAUGUGCAGCUUAUGGAUACCGUGCUAGAAGACGACAAGUAUGUGUAUACUGAGUCUGAAGGACAACGCACAUUAAUGCUGAAGGAUCGAGACAUCUUAAGUGGUACAUCUUGGCAAUGAUCACUCUUAUUAAAGGUUCUAUUCAAGCUUUCAAAUGUAUGUAUUGGAAUAUCAGUCUUAAAAUAUGGCGGGGCAACCGGAUUGUUUACAUGGAGAAGAUGAUUUGGAAUUCCUUUGAAAUGGUGCUCUAUUGGUGAUGUUCAAUUAUAUUGCACUUUGAAUAUUUUUCCUUAUAUAACUGUAUGUAAUGAACAAGAACAUUAAUUUCAUUGCAUGACGAUCCUCUUUCUUAAAAUUUGGGGGACGUUUUUAAUAUUCUUACUUAUCGUAUUCUUAGUCUAGAUAUGAAUUCAAUUGAAAAUGCAGAUAUGUGUUAUUUCACAUUCAUAAACACAAAUACUUUUUCUGUUUGUGGAGUUUAUCUUUAACAUGUUUAUGAUAUACAUCAUAUUGUUUCAUGCAUGAUCCGCUUCUACACUUAAAUACACUUAUAAAGUCAACUUGCUCAAGGGCUAUAAUAACCUUGAAGUGCCAUUGGAGUACUAAGUUUUAUACACAGCACAGCAGUGUACUUAUGUAUUAAUAUAUGUAUCGUAUAGUUUAUGUAACAUUGAAGACAUUUUAAGCCAUCACAUAUAUAUGUGCAUAAGCCAGUAUCUCACAACGUAUCCAUGCACUCUAUGGUACUCAAUAAAAAAAAAACACCUUAGAAAAGUAGAAUAAAUAGAUUUUGGAUCUAAAAUGCCUGUGGGAAUUAGGAAUAUUAUACAGUCACAAAAAUAGCUAAUAAAAAUAUCAGAAUAUUGAUACUUGACUGAAAUUCAAUACCGGUAGCAGCUUUGUCAUGGGAGAUUCACUUGUAUUGACAAUAGUUCAAUAUGCGGUUUGACUUCAAAGUUUAGGACAGUAUGUUAUCAACAUGUAUGGAUUUUAAUAUCAUUUUGAUGAUUUUGCACCAUUCCUGCGAUGCUGGCUGUAUUAAGGUUCUAUUAAAAAAGAAUUUAUUUAUAUCUGGACUUGUCCAUAAUUGUUGUGUGGUUAGAAAUAUGAUAUCUUAAUAAACUAUGAUUAUAUUAUA